UUUCCCCUCUCUCUCUCUCUUCUCCCCUCUCCCGCUUCAAAUACCAUUUUCUCAACUGUCAAUUUCUCUUCUUCAUUCCCAUUUCAUUUUUCCCUCUGUCUCUCCCUCUUGAUUCGUUCCCAUCCUAAAUGGCCGCUUCAGCCCCGUCCGUCCUCCCCAUUACCAGUACCCAAUCCGCCGGAGCCGGCAACCCUGUCAUUGAAGUUCAGCCCCCACUACGUGCCUUCAUCUCCAAAGCCUCCGAUUCCCUCCGCCACAGCCUCUCCCAGCGCCGUCCCUGGGCCGAACUCCUCGACCGUACCGCAUUCUCUAAACCCGAGACCUUAUCCGAAGCCACCUUCCGCAUCCGCAAGAACUUCUCCUACUUCCGCAUCAAUUAUUAUGCCAUCGGCGCUCUCGCUCUCGCGGUUUCUCUCCUUACAAACCCUUUCUCUCUCCUGAUCCUCCUGGGUCUUCUCGCCGCCUGGGUCUUCCUCUACGUCUUCCGACCCUCCGAUCAGCCUCUGGUUCUUUUCGGUCGAAUCUUCACCGAUUUUGAAACCUUGGUCCUGCUCUCUGGUUUGAGCCUGUGUGUUGUGUUUCUAACCAGUGUUGGGUCGAUUCUGGUGUCGUCGGUGAUGGUAGGUGUGGCUGCUGUUUGCAUUCAUGGCGCCCUGAGGAUGCCGGAAGAUAUGUUCAUGGAAGCACAGGAGAGCUCGCAGCAUAAUAGGUAUGUCGCUUUCGUAGGUGGCGCGGCGGCAGUUAACGCUGCUAUUGCCGCCACCGCCGCAUCUCCGGCCCCUCCACGAUAGAUUGGGGGUAGUGGAACUUUCACUUGAUGCUUUAGUUGAUUUUUCUGGGAAAGAAUUGAGCGUAGAAGAAAUCUUUUUCACCAAUAUCAACACUCUUAUAUACAUCCACACACACAUGUAUAGGGGAAUAGCAUGGGAUUUGCAUGGAUUUGACAUCUUGAUUUUUGUUUUUGUUUUGUAUGGUGUAGGAUUUGUGAUGUUUCUUCAAUAGGUUUAUUCGAUGUUGAGUUUUUCGAUUUAUCGUAGUAGAUUCUGGAUUGUACAGAAGA